UAAAAAUCAGAGAGAGAGAGAGAGAAGUGUCAAAGCAAGCAAAGGAGAGAGAGAGAGAGAGAGAGAGAGAGAGAGGAUGGGAGAGGCAAGCAGUAACAGCACCGAUGACGAUUUGCUUCUCAAGAACUUCUUCGCCGAAGUCAGCGAAGUCGAGAGAGAUAACGAAGUUAACAGGAUCCUCACCUGCUUCAAGUUAAAUCCAUUUGAGCAUCUAAACCUACCAUUUGGUGCAUCUCCAGAAGACAUUAAAAGGCAGUAUCGUAAGUUGUCUUUGUUGGUCCACCCUGAUAAAUGCAAGCAUCCACAAGCAAAAGAGGCAUUUGGAGCAUUGGCAAAAGCCCAACAACUCUUACUUGAUCAACAGGAAAGAGAUUAUGUUCUUAGCCAGGUGAAUGCAGCAAAAGAUGAGCUUAGAAUGAAGAGGAAAAAGCAUUUGAGGAAAGAUACAGCUUCUAAAAUAAAGUCAUUGGUUGAAGAGGGAAAAUAUGAGCAAAUGUAUGAACAGUCAGAGGAGUUCCAGCAGGAGCUGAAAUUGAAGGUUCGAGAAAUAUUAACAGAACAGGAAUGGCGGAGGAGAAAAAUGCAGAUGAGGAUAUCAGAAGAGCAAGGAAGGUUAAAGAAGGAUGAAGAAGAAGCAAAAGAAAUGUGGAAGAGAAAGCGGGAGCAUGAGGAGCAGUGGGAAGGAACAAGAGAACAGAGGGUUUCAAGCUGGAGAGAUUUUAUGAAGAGUGGAAAGAAGGCUAAGAAGGGUGAAAUUCGACCUCCAAAGCUCAAGACCGAAGACCCCAAUAAAUCUUACGUUCAAAGGCCUGUAAAGCGGGGUUAAAUGGCACGAAGGCUCUGCAUGCAGGCUGACAUUUGUAUCAAACUGUCAGUUCACUGUGAACGGGUUUAUUAUUGUGUUAAUAGCAGACGUGAUUGGAACAAUGUCACUGUACCUCAUUAAGUAAUCCAAAAUCAUUGUAAGUGAUUUUAGUUUAUGAUUAGAUAAGGAUUGUUGUAGUAGAAUCUGUGAUUCUUUGGCUAGUGAAUUUUAGGAAGUUACUACUAAAAUUUUGAAGGAUUGGCUUGGGGAGCAUUAGGAGGUUAAAUGAAUUAUUAAGAUAAA